CUGGUUGAAUGGUCUUAACAAGUCCAGAGCCCUGGUUGAAUGGUCUUAACAACAAGACCAGAACCCUGGUUGAAUGGUCUUAACAACAAGACCAGAGCCCUGGUUGAAUGGUCUUAGCAACAAGUCCAGAGCCCUGGUUGAAUGGUCUUAACAACAAGACCAGAACCCUGGUUGAAUGGUCUUAACAAGACCAGAGCCCCUACAGAUAAGACAGACGGACAGACCAGUGAUCUGCCCCUACAGAUAAAACAGACGGACAGACCAGUGAUCUGCCCCUACAGAUAAGACAGACGGACAGACCAGUGAUCUGCCCCUACAGAUAAGACAGACGGACAGACCAGUGAUCUGCCCCUACAGAUAAGACAGAUGGACAGACCAGUGAUCUGCCCCUACAGAUAAGACAGACGGACAGACCAGUGAUCUGCCCCUACAGAUAAGACAGACGGACAGACCAGUGAUCUGCCCCUACAGAUAAGACAGAUGGACAUGCUUCCCAAACAGAAGCAUGAGCCCCCCCUCUCUUUCCUUUUCUCUCUACCUAUAUUCAAAUGCCUCUCUCUCUUUCUAUCUCUCUUCACCUCUCUUGCUCUUAGAAUUAGGCUGCUUUCCCAAACAGAUACAUGCACAUCCCUCUCUCUCUCUCUCUCUCUCUAUUUCAUUCUCUGUCUCUCUCUCUCCCUCUCUGUCUCUCUCUCUCUUUCAUUCUCUCUCCCCUACUAAUCACUGUCUAAUCUACCUACUAAUCAUGAGCCCUUUCUGCUUCCUGUGUCCCUGUGUGUGUGUCAUCAUGUUUAUCAGUCUGCUUGUGAAUGUGAAAGGCAAUCAGCAGUGAUAGAGGUGGAUAGGACUACCUGCCUUUGAAACCUUGGUGUGUGGGUGUGCCCCCCUUACAGGACGAGUCCACUGCUUAACGAGGUGUGUUCACCUGUCCCUGUAGGAGUGCCAGGUGCUUCCAAGGCAGAGAAAGACCAAGGAUGGUGUCUGCAGGAGAACAGGAGAUCUACAGUAUAUGGACACUAAUGGGUCCGUAUGGGGUAGACCGUGCCGUUCAUGAAAUAGAAUUUACUGACUGUGAGAAUGGACUGGGGAUCAAAGUGAUUGGAGGAAUGAAGGAGUUAACGGGAGAGGAGUUUGGAGUCUACGUGAAAAGGAUUUUACCUGGUGGCCUUGCUUCAAGUGAUGGACACCUCCAGGCGGGAGACCAGAUCUUGGAGGUGAAUGGGGAGAGUUUACUAGGGGUCACUAGUGAAAGAGCAGUAGACGUUCUGAGAUCAGCGUCCUCGAGCAACCAAAUGCGCCUUCUGAUCGCCAGAGACGAGGAAGCCAGGAGAGAGUUUUCAGAGCUUUUGGAGAAGUAUGGAUCCAGCAGUAGUACUGGGUCGACACGCAACUCUCCCAUCCAGCAUGGCAGAUAUCUGGACAGCACAUCGUCCUAACUGUCCUGUCGUCACGCUCCCAG